AUGCCCUCGCAUCUGGCCAACACAGUCCCCUGCGGGGCGGGGCUGCGGAGGAAAUCUUUGAUCGAACGCCAGGCCGUCCGGGUCCGGCGAUCGCACCGCGCGCAGGAGUGCGGGAGGGCGAUUCGCGCCCACGCCAGCGAGGAGGACGCGGAUGAGACCGCUGGCCUGCCGCCGGACGCGGACUGGAGGGAGUUCCGGGCUCGACUGGUCGUCACGACGAUGCGCGAGCAAGAGGAGACCGAGGCGCAGGGCGCAGCUGCGUGGGUGCCCCGGCUGGCCAAGGACAACCAGAAGCUCCUGGCAGAGCAGAACCCGGAGCUGGCACGCGAGCCGGUGUGGGUCCAUCCCACGGGAGCGCCCGAGGUGGGCGGUCUGUUGGUGGCCACGCCCGGGGCAUCCGCCAGGCUCGGCGAGUUCAGCUGGCAGACCGUCGUCCUCCUGAUCAGGCACGACGAGAUGGGUUCGAUUGGGCUGGUGUUGAACAGGCCCAUGGGGCUGAACAUUGGCGAGAGCAGGAACGACCCCGGGGGACUCCCUCUCGACGUCGACGGACUGACGCCCUCGCAGAGGAGGGCGUUCGCGGACAACCGGGUGUACUGCGGGGGGCUGCGCGGGCAGCAGGCGAUGCACUUCUUGCACGGGCAUGGCGACCUGGAGGGGAGCCUGGAGAUCGUCCCCGGGGUGUACAUCGGGGGCCUCAGCGCCGCUGCACAGGACGUGGUGGACGGCAAGAAGCGGGCGUCCGACUUCCGGUUCAUCUGCGGCAUGAUGAGCUGGGACGUGGGGCAGCUGAAUGCGGAGGUCGAGGCCGGGUGCUGGAUCACCGCGGCGUGCAGCCGGCCGCUGAUCAUCAAGCAGUGCCUGACGCUGCCCACGCCGCUCUGGCGCGAGGUGCUCGGCCUUAUGGGCGGGGAGUACGCGCAGAUUGCCGAGGGCGAGUUGUGA